CACAACGUGCUUUCGUGCUUGGAUUGAAUUUGUAAACAGAAACUAAGAAAGGGAUUCAACACGAUGGUUCUUCAGAGAAUAGUAAAGCCCAAAACACAGCAAGGAAAACGUUUCUUGGAAAAACGUGAACCUAAACUGAUAGAGAAUGACAAAAAGGCCAUGUUUAUCAAAGGUGGAAACACAAGUGAUGUUAUAUCACAGGUUCUUAAAGAAUUGUAUGUUUUAAAGAAGCACAAUUCAGUAUCAUUUAAAAGAAAGAACAUUUUGAGACCAUUUGAAGAUGAAACACCUCUGGAAUUUUUUGCUAAGAAGACAGAUGCCUCUUUGUUUAUGUUUGGUUCACAUAAUAAGAAGCGACCUAAUAACCUUGUACUUGGUCGAUUGUUUGACUUUCACAUAUUGGACAUGAUUGAACUAGGCGUUGAGAAAUUUGUAUCAAUGACAGAUUUUCCUGGAGGUAAAUGUUCGGAGGGCACAAAGCCAUGUUUGAUGUUUGCUGGGGAGACAUUUGAAAAAGAUUUAGAAUACCAGAGGCUGAAAAAUCUACUGAUUGAUUUCUUCCAAGGCCCGGUAGUAAGUCAGGUUCGAUUGGCCGGAUUGGAACAUGUGAUUAUGAUAACAGCCGUGGAAGGACAAAUCCUCCUCAGAAACUACAGAGUGUUGCUGAAGAAGUCUGGAAGCAAGACACCUCAAAUUGAAUUGGAGGAGAUUGGACCCUCACUGGACCUCAGGAUGAGGAGGACCAAGCUGGCCUCAGAGGACCUCUACAGAAGGGCUCUCAAACAGCCCAAAACCAUCAAGCCAAGGAAAAAGAAAAAUGUAUCACAUGAUGCUUUUGGAUCUAAACUUGGAACAAUCCACAUGACAAAACAGAAUCUAGAUAAGUUACAGACAAGGAAAAUGAAAGGACUGAAAGCUCAAAAACGGAAAUCUAGUGCUGGAGAGGGACAGUCAAGUGCAAAAAGGUCAAAGGAGUCUGAAACAUGACAACAAGAAGUUUUAAAUGUGUACACAAUAAAGCUCAAUUUAUGAAGGAAAGGGAACAUUGUGGAUCAGACAGCUUGAAAUUUCAGAUCUUGGACAGUUUAUACACAUCAGUCAUGGAUUAUAAGAGCAUUUUUAUGCCAAAUGCAAAACGAUAUGUUGAACUUAAAAAUUGCAAUGAUAUAAUUGUACUCUGUUUAAGCAAAAAACUUUGAAAAGGGCUUUUUUGAAAGAUUUACUUCAAAUUGUAUUGAAUAUUUUCAUUAUCAUGGUUGUUUC